CACUCCGUAGUCACAAUCCACCAUUAACUCUUGAUUCUGAAACUGUAUUUGACACAUUUCGAGUAUCCGGCGUUGUAGCAGUAGGAGCACAUGGGGCAAAAACUAGUUCAGGUAUUAUGUCAGAUCAACUUUGCUCUAUGAAAAUUGUUAUUGGUUCCGGAUUGCUUGGUAUAAUCUAUUCGUUGACCUUCCGUGUGCAACCAAUGUACAAUCUUCGAAUGACUGACACCUAUAUGCCAGUGAACGAAUGGCUUAAUCCACAAAACAUUAAGAAUCUUUUAGAAUCAUCAGAUGGUAUUGAAAUAUUUUAUUGGCCAUUCAAUGGAUUUAAUCAGAGCGAUCCAAUUCCUCUUGACCCUAAUAGAGAUCUAGUUUGGGUUAAAAGUUGGGUACGAACUGAUGAUCUUGUGAGCUUCACACCACAACAACUCGAGCAAUUACAUGAAUCACAAAGACAGGGUGAAAUUCAACAGUAUCAGCUCAUAAGUAGUAUUUUACUACAAAAUCCAGAGGCAACUCCGAAUAUCACCGCCACGAUGUGGGAUGGUCUUAUUAGUAGUGGUAAUACUAGUUUUGUUUUUCAGGCGCCUGAUGCUUUCCAUUAUGUAGCUAGCGAAGAAAGUGUCAAGAUUGAUCUAUUUGAAAUUGGAUUCAAAGUUGAUCCGGAUUUUUCCAAUGUUGUUGCCGAAUUUUCCAAUUUAUAUGAAUUUGCAGCACAAGGAAAAUUUCCAGUAAAUUAUAUUGCAGAAUUUAGAAUCAUAAAAUCAAGUAAAGCAUUGUUAUCUACUGCUUUCGAUCUUGAUCCAGAAGCAUUAUAUUGUCAAAUAGAUAUUGUGACAGCUCUUGCGCAGAGACUUUUUGAUAAGUACAAAGCAAAACCUCAUUGGGCAAAAAAAUGGGAAUUUAUUCCAAAUGUGGACUCUUAUCUUUCUGAUGUCUUAUCUGAUCAAAUUAAACAAUUUGAAGAAGUCCGUGCAAAGCACGAUCCUGAUAAGAUAUUCUUUGAUAAUAAGUCCUUGCAGAAUAUAUUUAGUAGAACUUUAGGUUCACAGAAUAAUAAAAACUCAAAGAAAAAAAAAAUUAAUGGCAAUAUUAAAAUUAGUUUGAGACCCAACAAUAUAGAAUUAGUUAAUCGAAUAUUAUAA